GUAGCGCGCUCUGACCCGUGGGGAGUGUUUCCGCCAUUUUUGAAAAUCGGGAGGGUCCGCAGCGAAAUAUAGUUGGCGCCGCGAUGGCAGCCUUUGCUGUGGAACCUCAGGUGCCCUCGCUGGGAUCUGAACCAAUGAUGCUAGGUUCUCCCACAUCUCCAAAACCAGGGGUUAAUGCCCAGUUCUUACCUGGAUUUUUAAUGGGGGAUUUGCCAGCUCCAGUGACUCCACAACCUCGAUCAAUUAGUGGCCCUUCAGUGGGAGUAAUGGAAAUGAGAUCACCUUUACUUGCAGGUGGGUCACCACCGCAACCAGUCGUACCAGCUCAUAAAGAUAAAAGUGGAGCUCCACCAGUUAGAAGUAUAUAUGAUGACAUUUCCAGCCCAGGACUUGGAUCAACACCUUUAACUUCAAGAAGACAGCUAAACAUGUCAGUAAUGCAGAGUCCUCUAGUUGGAGUUAUGACAGCGACUCCUGGGACAGGGCAAAGUAUGUUUAGUCCCGCAAACAUUGGUCAACCACGAAAGACAACAUUAUCUCCUGCCCAGUUGGAUCCUUUUUAUACUCAAGGAGAUUCUCUGACUUCUGAAGAUCACCUUGAUGACACAUGGGUAACUGUGUUCGGGUUUCCUCAAGCAUCUGCUUCCUAUAUAUUAUUACAAUUUGCACAAUAUGGGAAUAUCUUAAAACAUGUGCUUCAUUUUUUGCAGAUGUCUAACACAGGAAAUUGGAUGCAUAUUCGUUACCAAUCUAAACUGCAGGCUCGGAAAGCCUUAAGCAAAGAUGGGAGGAUUUUUGGAGAGUCCAUCAUGAUUGGUGUAAAACCAUGUAUAGAUAAAAGUGUUAUGGAAAACAGUGACAGGUGUGCUUUGUCAUCUUCAUCUCUAGCCUUUACACCACCAAUCAAAACCUUAGGUACACCCACCCAGCCUGGAAGUACUCCUAGGAUUUCUACCAUGAGACCUCUUGCUACAGCAUACAAGGCUUCUACUAGCGACUAUCAGGUCAUUUCUGACAGACAGACGCCCAAAAAAGAUGAAAGUCUUGUAUCCAAAGCAAUGGAGUACAUGUUUGGCUGGUAGUACAGUGAGAGCUAAGAACUCAGUCGACUACAGAGGAGGAUGCUGCUGCACUAACAGAGCAGAGCACUGCCGGGAGUCCUUCGGUUAGUUAUAUAACCACUCUUGGCCGUGUUGGAUAGCUGUCUCAUACUUUUAGAAGACUUUUUCUUUAAUGAUACAGUAUAUUUGUAGCUCGCACUUUAAAAGAUGCUUGAGAUGUUUUAAAGAAACAAAAAAUCCCUUCAGGAUUUUGUGCUUUCUAUGGUAAUGCACACUUAAGCACAAAAAACUCAGCAUUGAUAACUGAAAAUUAUAUAAUUGAGUUUGCAUUGAGGCUUUGCAGCCUUCAUGAGUUGAUGGGGUGAAUUUUGUGAAGAGUGAUUGUCUGGCUACAUCUAACAAGACACAAAAAUUAUAAAGUGAACAAUUUGAAUUAUGGCCUUUUAAUUUAGACAGUAUUUAAUAUUUUAAUUAUCCUUGUUUGUGUAUGUUUUAUCAUGGAUUGUCAUCUUUCAUUAUACUUAAAACCAAAACAUUCUUUUAAAAACCUACUAAAGUUCUUGAUAAUAAACUUUGCCAACUAUAUGUAUCAGAUGUUUUUUGAAAGAAUAAUUUAUUAUUACAACAAGUUUUAAGUGCCUGCUGAAAAAGAGAAAAUAUGUCAUGAACCUCCAUAUACCCAUAAACCAGCUUUAGUAACCUUCAAUAUGUUGUCAUACUUUUAUUUUGAAUGUGAUGUCAUUUUUAUCUAAAUAUUUGAGGGUAUAUCAAAGAAGAACAUUUCUAUAUGUAAUUACAAUGUCAGUAUCACACCUAAUAGAGUUAAUGAUUUAUUAGUAUCUAAUAUCCAGUCUGUUUAAAAAAUUUUUCAAAAAUGUAUUUAUCGUUGAGUGUACACAUCUAUUUGGUUGUUUUGUCUUUGGGGUGUCUUGAUAUCUAAAUUAGCUUCCCCACUUUCACCCCCCGGAACACGCUGUGGCUUGUUGAAGGAGCCAUGUGAGUUUUCUGUCAUGUCCCAUGGACUGAAUUUGGUUGUUUUCUUUUUUUGUUGUUGUUUAACGUGUUCAUCAUCUAUUCCAUAUCCUAGAAGUUAGAUCUAAAGAGGAUUAAUUAGAUUCUGAUUUCAUUAUUCUCAGUAAGAAUAUUUCAUAUUAGUGUGGUAUACUUUAUAUCAUAUGAAAUCAAGAGGCACUUAAUUCUGAUUGUCCCUUUUUUAAUGAUGCUCAGAUUGGUCAUUGGCCACAUGGGCAGCAGAAACCUUACAUCUUCAUCGGAAAGUGUCCUGUAACCUUUUUACGGAUUUUUUUUAAAACAUGAAUUCAUGACACUUGCCUGAAUCAGUCAUUAAGGUUUGCAAAAUGGCGAUUUUCCAAAUUUAUCAUUCCUAUUGCACUUCCUAGGUGCAAUUCUUCUGUGUAGAAGAACCUUGAUCCAUGGAUGGGUGCUAUUUGGUCAUCAUGGAAUAUAUGCAUGCCAGAAUGGCAGGGUACAUAUUUAGUCCUUCCCCUUUAUUUGUUUUCAGAGUAAUUUUUGGUGUCCUGCCAACCUCCAUUGAUGUCCUAUGAAUUAAAAAAAUUUUCCCCUUCACUAUCACUAUGAACUCAUAACCUUUUUUUUUCUUAAUUUAGUGUUUCAGAUAGUUGUAGUCAUUAUUCUUUUGUUCAGAUUAUCCCCUUUGGCUGGUGAGAACUUUAUCAAGGUGGUUCUUCUGUGCAAAGGAGGUUUUUAAUUGGAAUAUAUUUCACCAUAGUACAGGUAUCUAGGUGUGUUGUACCUUUCCUUAUUUUUAAUACAUCAUU